UGCUGCAAUUACAUCGUUUUUUUAGUUGAAUUGACAAAUGGGUUUUGGAAUUUGAGUUGUUUUCUAUGGUGGGUUGGAGCUAGUUUAGUUUAAUUUUGUGUCAAUUCAGAUACUUUGGAAUUUGAGGCAGCAGUUUAUCAUUUGCGUACAUUUAAACUACCGUCUUGCCUGUUCGAUGCUCAUGGACUGAAAAAAAACAUCAGUGCGAACUCGUUUUAUUCUAGGUAACUACAUAGUAUAUAUUAUAGAUUUUAGGCGUUGGAAGCCAUGAGUUUUUGUGAGUAGAGUGUCCAAUGGCAUAAUUAACUACAUUUAUUAGAACACUUUGAUGUAAAUACCCAUAUCAGUUUCAAGUAAUCAGCUUAUCUGCUAAAAAAUUUAAGCUGGACUUAUCUAAUUUUGAUUAACAAAAACAGUGGCGCGACUUCUGAGCUGUACUCUUUGAUUCUACUAUCAUGAUUUAUUAGGUUAUUUUUCUUUUUCCUUUGUGCUUUUAAAUUAUCAACAUUAGGACAAGGAGUUAAAUUUGGUGAGGUGGCGGCCAUUAAGAUGGGUAUUUCGGGGGUUAGGGUGUCUAGUAAUUAAGUAUUUAACGGGGGCUGAAAUUUUGUUGAAGAUCAAAAGUUUGUUUGUCGGAUUCACUCACGAAAAAGUUCAAAAGAACAUUGGAGCUUUCAUAGGGCAUUGCUACGCCCCAUAUAGCUAGUCACUGCAGCGACAAUUGCUUAGAAAGCCUGAAGGAAAUGAAGCCAUUCCUGCCUACACAGCUGGCAGUCGCCAUGGUAUCUUGUCAGGCGGCAGUUUGGUUUCAUCUUCUGGUGGGUCACAACAUCCUGAACAAUCCAAGAAGUUCAUCGAUUUGGGUAAACAACAGGUUGCUUCCCACUUCUGGGAGGAGGGCCACAAUAGGAGUCAGGGCAUUGAGCAACAAGUGCUGAAUCCAGUCCAUCAACCUUAUCUCCAAUAUUCUUUCCAAGCAGCCCAACAGAAAUCAGCCCCUGGGAUCCAAGCAAAAAUGGGAAUGGUGGGGCCACUAGCAGCAAAAGACCAGGACAUGCGGAUGGGUAAUCUUAGGAUGCAGGAGCUGAUGCCUAUUCACGCUAAUAACCAAGCCCAAUCAUUGUCAUCCAAGAAACCUUUAGAACAUACACAACAGGCAGUCUCUAAUCAAAGGAUUGGUUCAAAACCACCUCCAACCCAGGCAACAUCGAUGGGCCAAUUAAUGCAGGAAAAUAUGAUUAGACCUAUGCUGGCCCCAGAGGCCCAGCAAAGCAUGGCAAAUAACCGACUUGCUAUGGCUGCACAGAUGGAGGCUUUGGCACGUGAGCGAAAUAUUGAUUUGUCCAUUCCAUCAAACGCCCACUUGAUGGCUCAGCUUAUUCCUCUCUUGCAGUCUAGGAUGAUUACACAGCAAAAGGCACAUGAAAACAGUAUGCAGUCUUCUUCGCCUGUCUCCUUGCCAAAGCAGCAGAUUGCUUCUCUUCAAGUUUCUAGUGUGAGCUCUCCCCGUGGAAAUUCUUCAAAUGACCCAACAGUGAACAAUCCUAACAACAGCCUGGCACAACAGAUUUCUUUUAUUGGAAGAGAGAACCAGGUGCCUCAGAGACAGACCAUGAUGUUUGGUAACGGAAUGGGUCCCAUCACUGGCUUUGAUCACUCAUCCCAUGCAAAAAGCCUACCACCUGGUCUAGAAACUUCACAAGUGCAAAAUUCCAGGCAAUCGAACAGAAGUUCUCCAAAAUCUACAGCUUCAUCUGUUGAGGGAGGUGUGGGAAAUGCUUUCUCAGCUCAGGGUGGCGUGGCUCCCCAGAUGCAACAAGAGCAUACUGUGUUUACCAAACAGCAACUGCAUGUUCUUAAAGCACAAAUACUGGCAUUCAGGCGUCUGAAGAAAGGAGAUGUAACUCUUCCACAAGAGCUACUUCGAUCCAUUGCCCCACCACCACUUGAAACGCAGCUGCAGCAGGUGUUUCUUCCUUCUGGAACAGUUAAUCAGGAUAGACUUGAUGGAGAAAAUGCAGAAGACUCUGCAAAACAAUCGGAGGCCAGUAGGAAGGAUCCUGAGGUUUUAGCAUCGUCCAGUGGGAAGAAGAGUCCAAUAGUUGAAGGUCUGACAAGAGAUGAGAAAGCAGCUUUGACGAAAGAGCCUGUAUCAGUGUUUCCUUCUGGAAAGGAAGAGCAGCAACCUGGAAUAUUAUCUGUUAAGCCGGAACAGGAAGUUGAACGUGGUAACCAGAAAACUCUUGUUAGAAGUGAGUUUACAGUCGAUAGGGAAAAGACAGUUACACCACAGAUUUCUGAUACAACUCAAGCUGAGAAACCAGUUCAAGCAACCAAUCCGCCUCAGCAAAAGGAUGUUGGCUCUUCCAAAAAGUAUCACGGACCACUAUAUGAUUUUCCGCAUUUCACUCGUAAACCCGACUAUGACGUCUAUGCUUUGAGAUUGGGAUACGAGGUCAAGGAUCUGCUUCUUGAGGAAGGCAUAGAUAUGCUUAGCAAGAGAAGGGCAGAAAAUUCAGAGAAGAUAAGCGGUUUACUAGCAGUGAACUUAGAGAGGAAAAGGAUUAGGCCAGAUCUUGUCUUGCAGCUGCAAAUUGAAGCAAAGAAACUUCGACUUUUGGAUCUUCAAUCACGCUUGAGGGAUGAAGUUAAUCUACAACAGAAGGAAAUAAUGGGAAUGCCUGAUAGGCCAUAUCGUAAAUUUGUUCGACUCUGUGAGCGUCAACGCGUGGAGCUCACUAGGCAAGUACAGGCCUCUCAGAAAGCCAUUAGAGAGAAACAACUGAAAUCCAUUUUUCAGUGGCGUAAGAAGCUCCUUGAGGCCCACUGGGCCAUUCGCGAUGCGCGGACUGCCCGUAACAGGGGAGUUGCAAAACAUCAUGAGAAAAUGCUGAGAGAGUUCUCAAAAACAAAGGACGAUGAUCGGAAUAAACGGAUGGAAGCAUUGAAGAACAAUGAUGUUGAGAGGUAUAGGGAAAUGUUGCUGGAGCAGCAAACUAGCAUCUCUGGUGAUGCUUCUGAGAGAUAUGCUGUUCUCUCAUCAUUUUUAACACAGACGGAAGAAUAUCUUCAUAAAAUGGGAAGUAAAAUCACAGCCACAAAGAAUCAGCAGGAGGUUGAGGAAGCAGUAAAUGCUGCAGCAAAUGCUGCUCGGGCUCAGGGUCUAUCUGAUGAAGAAGUAAGGGCAGCAGCAGCUUGUGCCGGAGAGGAAGUAAUGAUAAGGAAUCAUUUCUCCAAAAUGAAUGCACCCAAGAAUAAUUCGUCUAUUAACAAGUACUACAACCUUGCACAUGCUGUGAAUGAAAGGGUUAUAAGGCAGCCCUCAAUGCUACGUGCUGGAACCUUACGCGACUAUCAACUUGUUGGAUUGCAAUGGAUGCUCUCAUUGUAUAACAACAAACUAAACGGAAUUUUGGCAGAUGAGAUGGGUCUUGGGAAGACUGUACAGGUGAUGGCAUUGAUUGCUUAUCUGAUGGAGUUCAAAGGAAACUAUGGCCCACAUCUUAUUAUAGUUCCUAAUGCUGUUUUGGUGAACUGGAAGAGCGAGUUACACAAGUGGUUGCCAUCCGUAUCCUGUAUUUAUUAUGUUGGUGUGAAGGAUCAACGGUCAAAAUUAUUUUCUCAGGAGGUUUCUGCCAUGAAAUUUAACAUCCUUGUGACAACUUAUGAGUUCAUCAUGUUUGACCGUUCGAAGCUUUCAAAAGUUGAUUGGAAGUAUAUCAUUAUCGACGAAGCGCAACGCAUGAAGGACAGAGAAUCAGUUCUAGCUCGAGAUCUUGAUAGAUAUCGGUGCCAGAGGCGCCUACUUCUAACUGGGACCCCUUUACAGAAUGAUCUUAAAGAACUCUGGUCACUUCUAAAUCUACUCCUUCCUGAAGUUUUUGAUAACCGGAAAGCGUUUCAUGAUUGGUUCUCGCAACCUUUUCAGAAGGAUGGUCCCACACAUAAUACAGAGGAUGACUGGCUUGAGACGGAGAAGAAGGUUAUCAUUAUCCACCGACUUCAUCAAAUUCUGGAGCCUUUUAUGCUCCGACGUCGCGUCGAAGAUGUGGAAGGCUCACUUCCACCCAAGGUCUCCAUUGUUCUAAGGUGUAGGAUGUCAGCUAUCCAGAGUUCCAUUUACGAUUGGAUUAAAUCGACGGGCACUCUUCGAGUUGAUCCUGAGGAUGAGGAGCGCAGGGUUCAAAAAAAUCCAUCUUACCAGGCUAAAACAUAUAAACCUCUAAACAAUAGAUGUAUGGAGCUCCGGAAGACUUGCAAUCAUCCCUUGCUCAAUUACCCUUAUUUCAACAACUUCUCUAAGGAUUUCCUUGUUAGGUCAUGUGGGAAAUUGUGGGUCCUAGACAGGAUCCUCAUAAAGCUUCAGAGAACAGGGCACAGAGUGCUGCUCUUCAGUACAAUGACAAAACUUCUUGAUCUAUUAGAGGAAUAUCUGCAGUGGCGUAGACUUGUUUACAGGCGGAUUGAUGGGACAACUAGUUUAGAAGACCGUGAAUCGGCUAUAAUUGAUUUUAGUAGCCCUAAUACUGACUGCUUCAUCUUCUUGCUUAGCAUUCGUGCCGCCGGACGGGGUUUAAAUCUUCAGACUGCUGACACAGUCAUCAUAUAUGAUCCAGAUCCAAACCCUAAGAACGAGGAACAGGCCGUUGCUAGGGCCCACCGCAUUGGACAGACAAGAGAAGUGAAAGUUAUUUAUAUGGAAGCAGUAGUUGACAAAAUCGCAAGCCAUCAGAAAGAGGAUGAAUUUCAAAGCGGUGGUUUAAGUGAUUCAGAGGAUGACCUGGUGGGUAAGGAUCGGUAUAUUGGAUCCAUUGAGGGGCUCAUACGCAAUAAUAUCCAACAGUAUAAGAUUGAUAUGGCGGAUGAGGUUAUUAAUGCAGGGCGGUUUGACCAGAGGACUACGCAUGAAGAGCGGCGCUUGACUUUGGAGACAUUGUUGCACGAUGAGGAAAGAUAUCAAGAAACUGUGCAUAAUGUCCCGUCGCUGCAGGAAGUAAACCGAAUGAUUGCUAGAAGUGAAGAAGAAGUAGAGCUCUUUGAUCAAAUGGAUGAAGUUUUUGACUGGACUGAGGAGAUGACGAGUUAUGGCCAGGUACCCCAGUGGCUUCGUGUCGGCACUAGAGAAGUGAAUGCUACUAUUGCUAGUUUGUCCAAAAAGCCAUCAAAGAAAACCUUAUUAGGAGGUAGUAUUGCCAUAGAAUCAAGUGAAGUGGCUUCUGAUGUAAUUGGGAAAAAGAGGGGACGUUCUACGGGUAAAAACAAGUUACCUAGUUACAGGGAGCUGGAAGAGGAGAAUGGGGAAUUCUCGGGAGAUAGUUCUGAAGAGAGGAAUGGGUAUGCUGGGCAGGAGGAGGAGGGAGAAAUUGGUGAAUAUGAGGAUGUAGAAUUUAGUGGUGCCAUUGGGGAACCUCCGAAUAACAACAAUCAAUCAGAAGAGGAAAGCACAAGAAACGAUAAAUUAGUUGAAGAAGCUGGUUCAUCAGGAUCGUCUUUGGACAGUCAAAAAAUGCCACCACAGGUGGUCUCGCCUUCUAUAUCUUCUCAAAAAUUCGGGUCGCUUUCUGCAUUAGAUGGCAGGCCAAGUUCUCUUUCUAAAAGACUGUCUGAAGAGUUAGAGGAAGGUGAAAUUGCUAUGUCCGGAGACUCUCAUCUGGUCCUCCAGCAAUCUAGAAGUGGUAUUCAGUAUUGUGAUGAAGGUGAAGGUGAUGGUGAGCAGGUUUUGCAACCCAAAAUAAAACGGAAGCGUAGUAUUAGGGUUCGUUCACGUCAUACCAUGGAAGGGACGAAAGGGAAAUACUCCAUUGAGAAACCAUCUCUCCAUGGUGGGAAUGUAUCUCAGUUGCCAUCUCAAGUUGACUAUAAAUAUGAACCACAUUUUCGGAAUCAUCCUGGGCUCAAAGUACUUGGAGAGCCCAAGGUUAUUAAGCCUGAUCAUUAUGAUUCAUCGUUGAAAAGUAGGCAGAGUAUGCCUUUGACGAGAAUCACGAGUACAUCAAAAGCACGUGCUUCGCUGAGAUCCAUUAGAUUAAAUUCUGCAUCUGCCCCUUCAGAAGACGCUGCUCAACAUUCUAGGGAAAGUUGGGAUGGUAAAGUUAUGAACACUAGUGGGACUUCAAUUGGCGGAAGUAAGAUGUCUGAUGUCAUUCAAAGAAGGUGCAAGACUGUAAUCAGCAGGUUCCAAAGGAAAAUAGACAAGGAAGGUCAUGAAAUCGUACCUCUGCUAACAGAUUUGUGGAAGAGGAUUGAAAACUCUGUUUACCUGAGUGGGGCUGCAAAUAGUCUUUUGGACCUGCGAAAGAUUGGUCAGCGUGUUGAGAGAGUCGAAUAUAAUGGAGUGAUGGAACUUGUGUUUGAUGUGCAGUUUAUGUUAAAGAGUGCAAUGCAGUAUUUUGGAUUCUCGCAGCAGGUGAGAACUGAAGCAAAGAAGGUUCAUGAUCUCUUCUUCAAAAUCCUAAAUAUUGCAUUCUCGGACACGGAUUUCCAAGAAGCUAAAAAUGCGCUCUCUUUCUCUAGCCCAGUAGCUACCUCCACAUCUGCUUCAUCUUUAAGACAGGAAGUUGCUGGCCCAAGCAAACCACCCAAAUUGAUAAAGGAGGUAGAUCCCGAUCCAAGUCCUCCCCAGAGGCCCCUAUCACGGGGGCCCGUUUCUAACAUUGAAGACAAAAAAACUCGAAUCCAUGUCCCUCAGAAGGAUGAUCUGCGAUUAUUAACUCACCCGGGGGAGCUUGUAAUUUGCAAAAAGAAGAGAAACGAGAGGGAAAAGUGUAUGUCGAAGCCGGGGAAUGGGUCACCGGGGCCCGUUUCACCUCCAAGCAUCGGUCACAAUAUUCAGAAUCCGGGGCCGGGGCCGGGGCUGACCAGGAGGGAGACGAGAUCAAGUCAGCGGCCUACCAAUCAACCACCUCAACAGGUGAUGGGUGGUGGUGCUGCUGGGGAAGUGAGUUGGGCGAAUCCGGUGAAGAGAUUGAGAACGGAUGCUGGGAAAAGGCGGCCCAGCCAUUUAUGAUCAAUUGAGUUGGAGGGUGGUGAAAAGGAUGCCCCCCUUAAGGCUUGUAGAAUUGCAGUGAGCUCAUAGUUGGUAGUGUAAUGUAAGCCUCUUAUGUUUUAUUUCUUGUAUCUUACUGCUAAUUGGAUUGAUGAUUCAUUCUGGCAAAGCACAAAUUUGUCUGGUACCUGUUGAAUUCUCGCCCAGAAAAUAAAAGGUUCAAUGCUUUGGGUUCAAAA